UACAGCCGAUAUGUGAACUGGAGUUGAUGUGGAAUGUGUGUAUUUCUUAGUACUAUCCACACCAAAAAUGAUAUUAUGUAAAGACUAAACCUGAGAUUGCCAGCAUAUAGAUAUCAAAAUGUCUGAAGAAAUGCCACAGAUUCCACAAGGAGGAAACAAUGGUAACCAAACAGUCGUUUGGCAGAUUCCUUCUCAGAACCGAGAGACUAGAAUCGGAGGCAACACACAACAAAAUGGCCCCACACUGGCCCAGCAUUUACGGCAUGCUAGUCCUUUUACGCGAGCUUUACCUCAUGGAGUAGUGCAACCAAGGGAGACCCCACUACGACAUCACGCUCCCCUUACACCAGCCACUGCACCAAAUGUGGUGCAAGGGAAUGGAAAUGACAACAAUGGUCAGAGGCCCACAGACCAAUCAUUUGUGAUUGACUUUGGUUCUGUGUUUGAUCCUACCUCAGCUAAUGUUGGAAGCAUAAACCUUCAGAGUUUACAACACAUGGCUCCAGAACAUUUUCAGUUGCCAACACUAGGUAGUCAUGACGAAAAUCAAAACACAGGCCCUCAGAAUAAUGGACAGAACGGCCACCCACAUGUUGUGCAGGGUAUGGAUAGUAUGGAUUGGAGCAUAUUUCUUCUCAACUCUUUACUCUUCAUCGUCAUACUGGUCAUCAGAGUUGUCACUGAUCAUUUAUUAGGGAUGUUGGUUUUUAUUGGACUCGGAGGAACUUUUUUCUACGCAAACAUGUUUUUCAAGAAGAUUGUGCACGAGUCAUCAUUACGGGAUGCCAUGCUACAUAAUGUAUUGCUGUCCUAUUUUUGGAUUGUUAUGUUCCUGACUGCCAACAUUGGUUGUGUGUACUACGUGUUCCAGGAACAACAGCUAUGGAAUGUACUGAUAUUUCAAUUGCCUGUGAAAUGGGAAGGCGAUAUCUGGAUGUUUUUCUGGGCAGUGUGUGUUAAUGACUUUGUGCUGAAAUAUGUGACUGUGAUAAUCAAAGCCUUUUUCUCCAUGGCACCUAUCAAACCAAAGAACAGGGGAAAAUACUACAUGUUUGUGGAACAUGUUAUGCAGUUAUAUAGAAUGGUUAUACCCAUAAUUCCUUGGUACCACUUCCUGUCAGAUGGACUAUAUUGGGCAUUUGCUGCAGGUCUCCUCUGUUUUUACUUCUUUUGUAAGGGAUAUCAGUUAUUGUUUAAAAUUAGAGAUGUACAAGGUGCUUUUCUGAAACUUUUACGAGAAAAGACAUACGGUAUUAAACCAAACAAUUCCGAUUUAAAAACAAGAGGCGAGGGUUGUCCCAUUUGUCAGGAUGAUUAUAAAGACCCAGUAAUGCUGAAUUGUAAGCACAUCUUCUGCGAAGAUUGCGUGUCAGUGUGGUUUGACAGGGAAAAGACGUGCCCAAUGUGUAGAGCUCAGAUACACACAGACAACUCCCUGUGGAAAGACGGCUCAACCAGCAUCCAUGUACAGUGGUACUGAAGUAGAAAAGAUGGCUUGAACUGUACACUUAGAUAUCUGGUGGAAUUAGUGUCCUCAUUCACGAUGGAAACCAGUCCAGAUUUUGUGUGAUUGACAUGCUACCAUUACUUAAAUACCAGGGGUGCUGUCUGUGUAAAAUAGCUUGAUGUACGUAAACAUGUGACAAGAGUUGGGAACAGUUAUCUUACUUUGUUUAACACUUUAUUUCUUGAUUUCCGUUUUCUUUCUUUCUUUUUUUUUCAAUGACAUAAAGUAACUACACUGAUACGAUAAUUCAACAAAGGCUUUGUCUAUUGAAAAGCUUAUCUGCCGGUUAUUUUUGCAGGGAUGAUAUUUUGGUUGUUUUGCAGUACAUUAAGGUGACUGAAAAACUUCAUCAGUAAAAUGGUGACAUAUAUUUGUAUUAGAUGUCCUUUAACGUCACAAAAUUUUAAAUAGGUUAAAAUAUCAUGUGAUCUGUGUAAAAGAAAAUUGCUAAAAAUAUGACUAGUGAAAAUUACCAGCGAUACAGCAUUAACCUUUUGAAGCAGAUGUUACUAUUUUUAUCUCACCACAGUCUACUUUUACACUAUUUUCCGUCUCAUUUUAUCAAACUUUUUUCAUCAAUACUGCAUACUUGCCAAAUUUCCUGAUUCAGUCGGGAGUUUUUCGAUUUUUACUCCCCGUCCCUGGUAAUCUCUGUUCGGUAGGUCAUAAGUAACAUUGCUAUAUUUACCAAAUUGGAACAGUUAAGGCUGACCACCCUGUCACAUAAUCAAGGACUAGCUAUCUCAGUACACUGCCCAAUUAUUAAAAACAUUGUGAAUUUCCUGAAAGAAAUUGUACAAAAAUGACAGCUUAAUAUUUUAUGAGAUAAUCAAAAAUAUUUUUUUCAAAUCUAAAUUUGAUAAAUUCUUUCAGAACCAUAACAUUUGGAAAUGUAUAUCAUUUCCACCAACAAAAUAAAUGAUUAUAAAUUGAUGAUAUCUGUUAAAUUG